AUGUCGUCCUCGUCCGCGCUCGCGCGCGGCGGCGUCGCGCGCGUCGCCGCCGCGCGGCCGCGCCGCGCGUCGUCCCGUGCGCCCGCGUCAUCUCGUCGCGCGACGACGACGUCGGCGAUCUCGAAAAACGACGCCGACGCCGCGCCUCCUCCGUCGCGACGCGACGUCCUCCUCGCCGCGGCCGCGACCGCGGCGACGCUCGCGUCGUCCGCCCCCUCGCCCGCGCGCGCGGACGCCCCCACCUCCGUCGUCGCGUUCGAAGGCGUCGCGAACGAGCGUUGGACGAAGGUCCCCGUCGCCGUCUCGCUCCCUUCUGCGUGGCAGUCGCGCCCGGGCCAGCGCGCGAAGCAGACCAAGUUCAUGAUGUACACGGACACGUACGGGCCAAACUACCGAUACACGGACGCGCUGCCAAAGUUCGUGGACGCGGACGGCGGCGUCGUCGCGGAUUUCAUCGCGUGCAGCGUGCAGUCGCGCGGCGGGCAGGAGAGCGUCACGGAUCUGGGACCCAUUGGGAACGUAGACGCGAAAGUCGCGUUCGGCGUCGACGUCGAGGACAUCGCGCUCGCGGAGACCGCGGGCUCGAACGUGCGUAAGGACGCGGGGAAGCAGACGUACUACGAGUGGGACCUGGACGUCCCGAACGGGAGCAAGGUGCUGCUCAGCGCGUGUAUCAGCGGCGGCGGGUUGUACGUGCUGAGCAUUGCCGCGAGCGAGGCGCAGUGGAAACGAGCCGGGGAGGAGUUGAAGAGGACGCGCGCGAGCUUCGCGGUGCCUGUCGCCGCGGAGAGCACGACGGACAUCUCGAAUAGGAUUUACAACAACGCGAGCGCGGGCGGGUUUAAGUGA